AUGGGCAAGACCAAGAAGCAAAAGAAGAAGGCGCGCACCCUCGCACACCCCUACGAGCGUCCCGGCGCGGCGGCUGCCGCACCUCCUCCGGAAAAGGCCACCUCAGAAGAUGAGGAGGAAGUGGGCGUGAGCACCAUGGCCGACGCCUCCCUCUCCGUGGCCGCCGCCAGCGCCUCUGCCGGCGAAGGCGCCUCCAGCAGCUUCAGCUCCAGCUCCAGCAGUGCUGCAGCGGAGGCCGCGGGAGGAGGAGAGGAUGGAGAAGAAGGCGCGGAGGAGGAGUCGAAGGGGCGGCUGCUGCAGCGGCACAAGGCCGAGUGGAAGAAGGUGCGGCAGCAGAUCGACACGCUCAAGCGGCAGCGCAGCAAGUGGAAGAAGAAGGACUUCCGACAGAACGAGGAGCGGAAGCGGGUCACCAAGCAGCUCAAGGACCUGGAGGACGACAUGCGGCAGCGCCACGAGAAGGAGCUCCGCGAGUGGGAAGCCAAGCACGCGGCGGCCUCGUCGGCAACGGCGAAGGGACCCAAGGGGGUGGGCCUGGUGGAGGCCAGCGGGGUGGACCUGGCCAAGCUCGCCGCCAGCUUCGGCCUGCCCAACCCCGCCAGCGGCGAUGCCAUGGCAGCCGAGUAG